AUCUUCUUGGAAGUGUGUAGUCAAAUCUGACUCUAUUUUCAUCUCCUCUCUUUCGAGUUCGUUGCCGCCGUCUCCGGUGGUGAUCGUAUCUCGGCCGGUCUACCUCUCCUCUUUAUCCAUAUCAAAAAGAAAAAAAAGCUUCAUUCUUUAAGCAUUCAUCUAUUUUCCUCUUGAUUCGUCCGUCUGUCUUGUUUUUAGGUAUACAAUAAUCAGAGGAGAGGUAGGAGAGAGGCAAAAACCCAAAAAAAUUUGAAAAAUCUUUCAAAAACAAAAUAUCCUCUAGGUUUCUGUAGAUCCAAAUGGCUCAGGUUCAGGUUCAAUCUCAGGCUACAAACGCUGCUGCUGCUUCUGCUGCUGAUGCUAACCAGUUUGUUACCACUUCGCUUUAUGUCUGCGACCUUGAUCAGAAUGUCACUGAUUCGCAGCUCUACGACACAUUCAACCAGGUUGGUCAGGUCAUCUCCGUUCGCGUUUGUAGGGAUAUCGCCACUCACCGCUCGCUUGGUUAUGGUUAUGUCAACUUCGGCAAUCCGAUUGAUGCUGCCAAGGCAUUGGAUCAGUUGAACUUCACACCUCUCAAUGGAAAGCUUAUCAGGAUAAUGUACUCCCGUCGUGACCCUACUGUCCGCAGAAGCGGCUCUGGAAAUAUUUUCAUUAAGAACUUGGACAAGUCAAUUGAUCACAAGCAAUUACAUGACAUCUUUUCAUCAUUCGGGACCAUCCUCUCAUGCAAAGUAGCUACAGAUUCCUCCGGGCUGUCAAAGGGUUAUGGUUUUGUACAAUUUGAUGGUGACGAAGCUUCCCAAAAAGCUAUAGCAAAACUGAAUGGUAUGCUAGUGAAUGAUAAGCCAGUUUUUGUUGGGCCAUUCCUUCGCAAGCAAGAACGUGACAUGGCUGUUUACAAGUUCACUAAUGUCUUUGUGAAAAAUCUAUCUGAGUCAACCUCUGAAGAAGAUCUAAAGAAGAUAUUCAGUGAAUUUGGACCAGUUACGAGUGUUGUAGUCAUGAGGGAUACUGAUGGAGGCUCCAAGUGCUUUGGUUUUGUCAACUUUGAGAACGCGGAUGCUGCUGCGAAAUCGGUGGAGUCUCUGAAUGGUAAGAAGUUUGACAACAAGGAGUGGUAUGUUGGAAAAGCUCAGAAGAAAUCCGAAAGGGAGCAAGAAUUGAAAAAUAAAAUUGAGCAAAGUGUUAAAGAGGUGACUGAUAAUUCUAAAGGGCUAAAUCUUUAUGUAAAGAACCUUGAUGAAAGCAUUAAUGAUGAAAAUCUUAAGGAUUUGUUUGAUCAGUAUGGCACUAUUACAUCAAGCAAGGUUAUGCUAGACCCUAGUGGGAUAAGCAAAGGAUCGGGAUUUGUAGCAUUUUCUACUCCUGAAGAGGCAAAUAAAGCACUCCUGGAGAUGAAUGGCAAGAUGAGCCAUGGCAAACCCUUGUAUGUUGCUCAUGCACAAAAGAAAGAAGACAGGAGAGCUAGAUUGCAGGUGCAGUUUUCACAAAUGCGUCCAAUAGCUUCCAUUUCUCCUAGAAUGCCUAUUUAUCCUCCAGGUGGUCCAGGUCUUGGACAACAGAUAUUUUAUGGACAACCCCCUGUGAUGCCUCCCCAAGCUGGAUUUGGGUAUCAGCAGCAGUUAGUUCCAGGUAUGAGGCCUGGCUCCCCAAAUUUCUUCAUGCCGAUGGUUCAGCCGCGUCCAGGAGGUGCUAGACCUCGACCUGUCCAACAGCCUCUUCCUAUGAUGCAGCAGCAAAUGAUGCCAAGAGGAGGAAUGAGUGGCUAUAGGUACCCACCUGGCCGAGGUGGAAUGGUGCCUAUGCGUGAUAAUGUUGGUAUAUCUCAUCAGCAGCAGCAGCCUAUCCCAAUUCAGGCUUUGGCUUCUGCUCUCGCCAAUGCUCCCCCUUUUGACCAAAGAACGAUGCUAGGAGAGAGCCUGUACCCUCUUGUGGAGAAUGUUGAACGGGAGAAUGCAGCGAAGGUAACAGGGAUGCUUUUGGAGAUGGAUCAGACUGAAGUUCUACACUUGCUCGAAGCUCCAGAGGCUCUCCAUGCUAAGGUAGCGGAGGCUAUGGAAGUUCUGAGGAAUGUUCAGCAGCAACAGGCAACUGCUGCAGCUACUUCUACUGUUGCUGGAUCAUCAUCCCCAACUCAUCAGCUUGCAGCUUUGUCUUUGGAUUGAAAAUGAAUUAUGUUUCUUUUAGACAAGAGUUUGUUUGGGACCCAUCUCAAACUUCUUAUUUUGCUGUUUUGAAAGACUUUUUCUUUUAUUUGCAUUAAACUGACUGAUUUUUGUUUUGUUUUUGUCAUGAUCUAAAACUGGUUUUGAUUGUGUUUCUAAACUUUGGAACUAUUUUAUCUUUUGCAUA